AUGCAUAUACUCUGCGUAGCCGAAAAGCCCUCCAUGUCCCGUUCACUUGCAGUGAUACUUUCAGGCGGUCGAUAUACCACACGCGCGACCCGGAACAAGUUCAUCAAGAAUUAUGACUUUGACUAUCCCCAAGCGAACGCGACGAUGACCAUGACCUGCGUCUCGGGCCACCUCAUGGAGCACGACUUCCCCCCCGAUUACGGCUGGCGGAGCUGCAAUCCGUUCGCGCUCUUCGACGCCCCCGUGCAAACCAAAGCCUCUGACGCCAGCAUUGUCUCAAACCUCUCCGCCGAGGCGCGACGCGCACAGCAGCUCAUGAUCUGGACCGAUUGCGAUCGCGAAGGAGAGCACAUCGGCUCCGAGGUCGCUGCCGUCUGCGUCAAGGCGAAUCCCCGCAUAGUCGUCAAGCGCGCCAGGUUUAGUGCCGUAAUCGCGCAGCAGAUUCACAAUGCGGCGCAGCAUCCCGUUGAGCUCGACCAGGCGCAGGCAGACGCCGUAGAAGCGCGCAUCAUUCUGGACCUUCGCAUCGGUGCCAGCUUCACCCGCAUGCAGACGUUCGCCCUUCAACGAAGUUUCGCAGAGAUCAAGGACACUGUGUCGUACGGUCCGUGUCAGUUUCCGACGCUCGGCUUCGUCGUCGCGCGCUACAAGCAAGUCAAAGCCUUCGUACCCGAGACGUUUUGGUACAUCUACUUCGCGCUACGGCGCGAAGGCGACGAAAUCCAAUUCACGUGGAAGCGCGGACACAUCUUUGACUACGACUUCGCGUUAACGCUGUACGAGGGCGUGCUCACCGAUCGGUUGGCGACAGUUACGAAAGUCACGAAGAAGGCUACGAAGAAAUGGAAACCGCUUCCUCUGACGACGGUCGAGUUGCAGAAGGCCGGCUCAAGAUUGCUCAGGAUGGCCCCAAAAAAGGUCCUUGACAUCGCCGAGAAGCUGUAUCAACAAGGCUUCCUCUCUUACCCAAGAACGGAGACCGAUCAAUUUGACCGCCAGUUCGACUUCAUGAGCCUGAUCCAGAAGCAGACCGUCGAUCCUGCCUGGGGUCAAUUCGCCACUCAGCUCCAAGGAGGCGGAUUUGCCACACCGCGAAGGGGCAAGCACGAUGACAAGGCGCACCCGCCCAUCCACCCCACCGCCCACGCCGCCAACCUCGCCGGCGACGAGAAGAAGGUAUACGAGUUCGUCACCCGCCGCUUUCUCGCGUGCUGCUCGAAGGACGCCGAGGGCUGGCAGACGACGGUCGACGUUGAGUACGGCGGCGAGCAGUUUUCCGCCACCGGUGCACGAAUCGCUACUGCAGGCUUGGUGGUGACUGAGAGGAAUUACCUGCUCGUGUACCCGUACGACAAGUGGACGGGCAAAGAGCUACCCGAAUUCCGAGAGGGCGAACAGUUCCAGCCGAGCGUGUGCGAGCUCCGAGAUGGCGAGACGUCCAAGCCGCAUUAUCUGACCGAAGCCGACCUCGUCGGACUCAUGGACAAGAACGGGAUCGGGACGGACGCGACGAUCGCUGAGCACAUACACAAGGUGAUCGAGCGCGAGUACGUCGUGGAGCGUAUGGAGGGAUCGACCAAGUAUCUGCUUCCGUCCACUCUCGGUCUCGGGCUGGUGGAGGGGUACAGCCAGAUCGGCUUCGAACGCAGUCUGGACAAACCGCAGCUCAGACGAGAGACGGAGCGUAACAUGGUUCAAGUGUGUGAGCGGCGCAAGACUAAGCAAGAUAUGCUCGCGGAGAAUAUUGAGCAGUACAAGGACAUGUUUAUUAGAGCAAAACGCGACUUCAACAGGGUCAUGGACGUGCGUACACUUUACCCUGCCUCGGAGACAGGUUAUCGACGGAUAAAACUGCAGAGCGUCCGGCAGAAUCUGAAUCACAACAGUGAUGAUCCUGCGCCCGGAGGCGGAGGCGGAGGCGGAGGCGGAGGCGGAGCAGGAGGAGGAGGAGGAGGAGGAGGAGGAGGAAGAGGAGGAGGACCGGCCACUGGUAACAGAGGUGGAGGGGGACCCGCCCGGAACCGGAGAGGCGGUGGUGGUGGUGGCGGCGGCCCUCCUUCUGCACGAGGACGAGCUCCACCACCUGACGAACCAGAUGACGGUGAGAGAUUCGUGUUUCCUGGUUAG